AUGUCGGUGAUCGGCGCGAGCGUGCUCGCCGCUGCACUCGCCUUAUCGCCGACGCCACACGUCGCAAGCGGUGCCCGCUGCCAUCCAUCAUUCGCGCCACGAACGCUGGUGACCAAAACCGCCGCAACGCCGCUGCUGGCUGGCCAGCCGCUCGCGGUCCGUUGGCAGCGAGCGGGCGGUCCGCCGCUCCUGUCCGCCGCCAACGGCGCAGCAGGUCGUGGGCUGGUUCGGUCGGCUGUCGUCGGCGGCGCCUUUGCGGCUCUAGCCGUGGCGGGUCGCGGCGGCCGGCUCGGCCUGCUCUUGCUCCAGACGCUCGCCGUCUGCUGGCCAGCUUGGUCGGCGGUCCGGUUGUGGCGGAACGGUAAGCGCCGUGCUGCGCUGACGCUCGCCUUGUCCGCGGCGGCGCGCCGGUUCUGCUCGCGCUGGUGGCAGUACCUGACGAUUCCGCUCUUUGCGGGCGCCGUCGGCUGGCUCACCAACAAGGUUGCCGUGGACAUGAUCUUUUACCCCGUCGAGUUUGGAGGGCUGCGGCUCCGCACGUACCCGAACCAGCCUCUGGGCUGGAUCGGGUGGCAGGGGAUCGUGCCAGCAAAGGCGGGCGAGAUGGCGGCGCGCAUCACUGACUUGGUCACCAACAAGCUGGUCGACGUCGAGGUGGUCUUCCGGCGCCUCUCCCCGGGGAAGCUCGCCUCGCUGCUCGGGCCCGGCGUCGACCGGAUCGCCGAAGACAUCGUGGCCGACAUAGCGCCCGCGGGCGCCGCGCAAGGCGUCGUCGGCGCGGGGAAGGCCGCGAGCGUGCGGCAGCUGGUCGACUUCGACGAGAUCGUGGUUGGCGGGAUGGUGCGCGAGAAGCAGCUGCUCAUCGACCUCUUCCAGCGCUGCGGCAAGGCGCGGCCGCCGCACGCGGAGCUCGCGUUCCUCGUCAACUCUGGCUUCUCGUUUGGCUGCGCACUCGGCGUCGUGCAGAUGCUGAUCUGGCUCCUGUACGAGCGCGCGUGGACCCUCGCCGUCGGCGGCGCGGUGGUCGGCUAUCUGACCAACUGGCUCGCGCUCAAGCUCAUCUUCGAGCCCGUCGAGCCCACGCGGUUCGGGCCGUGGGUCGUGCAAGGUCUCUUCCUGAAGCGGCAGCACGAGGUGUCCGAGGAGUUUGCGGAGGCGCGCCCUGCGGCGAUGACGGAGAAGCUCCUCUCCUCCGAGUCGAUCUGGGACAGCGUGCUGCACGGCUCGGGGGGUCCAAAGUUCGCCGCGCUCCUCCGCGCUCGCACCUCCGAGUUCAUGUCCGGCGCCGCGGCUGUCGUCUACAGCGGCUCAGACCCGACGGCGUUCGGAGGCGCAGCGCACUGGCGUGGCCUCGAGGAGCGCGCUUCGGAGCGCAUCCUGCAGCUGCUGCCGCGCGAGCUGCCGCUCGCCCACGGCUACAUCGACGGAGCCCUCGACCUCAAGGACACGCUCAAGACCAACCUGCGCCGCCUCUCGCCGCGCGAGUUCGAGGGCCUCUUGCACCCGAUCUUCCAGCAGGACGAGCUCACCUUGCUCCUCGUCGGCACCGCCCUCGGCUUGGGCGUCGGCUACGUGCAGGCCGUGCUGGACGCGCGGUCGAAGCGGGACGACCCCAACUACGAUGAGCGUGGCCGCCGGGUAGAGAUCGACGUCGAUGCGGAUAGCGCCGUUAGUGAAGGCGCCGACGGGGACGGCGAGGCGCCAGGUCCCGCGUCCUGAGAGCUAGAAGUUGAGCUAGCAGAGACACUGGUGUGUGGUGAGUGGUGUGUGAGUCUCUUCCCCUGGCGCACGCGAGACGAGAGCGAGAGUAGAACGCGGUCACCGCGUGUAUAGAGAGUAUCCGCGCGUACGUCACAGGGUCUUGGCACUUGCGGAAAGGGCGAAAUA